AUGGGACCGAAAGGAAAAAAAUUGGAUGAUAAAUUAUCAACCGUAACUACCGCAUCCUCAUCUUAUACAGAUCCACCUCGAUUCGUUAACUUCACUGUAAGACUGGAGGGUGAUCCUGGCGCUGAAUUUAUAUUUCUAACAAUAUUAGAUGGAGCAAUCGUUUUUGAAGGAAAGUGGGCAGAUGACGCUGAAUUUGAAAUGGAAACUAUGCCACUUAACCUAAAUGAUCCGGGUAUACAAGCAUUGAUCUUGUCGAAUCCAAUUAUUUUUCUAUUGCGUGCAAUUGUCGCUAAAAGCGGUAAACAAGACCCAGAUCCUCUAUUCCAUACUGACAACCGGGCUGGUGGAACUGUAGAUUUAUUACCUCUUCUUAUAGGCGAGGAAGAAGUAUUUACGACUGUACAUCUAGUGUCUAUGAAUACGGGAGAGUUUAUUGGGUGUCAGGUUACAGUACAUGCUGUUUCACCAGGAAAAAUGGCUACCAAACUAAUUCCUUUACAACUUACUAUGAUUUCAGCAAACUGUAUGCCUUUAGCCAAAGAGGGUACUGAUUAUAUAAGUGCUAUAGGGUUAACUGACUUAGUAAAACCACAUGGCUUACAAUUUUAUCAGACUCUUAGUAGUCCUGAAGCUAAGAAAGUGGUUUGGGCCACGGCGAGUCGAAUUGGUCAAAGUGCAAAUACAGCGUUUAGCAUACCUGAAGAGGAUCAUUUUAUUCCUCCAGAUCUAGAAAUUAAACCGAAUAGACAUUGCCGUUCAUUGUAUUGGAACGCCUUAAAUCGAGUAUUAGUUGAACCUGAUGAGUUACUGGCAAGGUUAUCUUCUCCAUUUCUAAUUGAUGUGGCAGGUGUACCAAAAGUAGGGAAACAAGAGACUCGGGGUCACUUUAUAGGAUGGGUUGAUGCAGGUGUCCUAUUAAUACCAGGAACUUUUAGUGUUACAGUAUGCACUAAAUUAUUUCUUUAUAAUGAAAUUCAAGCCGAACAAGGAGGUGGCGGAAUACUUAAUCUUCCACCGUCAAGUGCUAAAGGAGUAAGUGCACGUGAAAAUGAAGCAGUAUUAGAUGAAAGUGGACAUAACGCUUACGUUGUAAUCAGGUUUGAUUUAAUUGAGCCAAUAGUUCCAAAAACAACAUUAGAUUACCUUUAUGAUUCUAUAGGAUUCAGUCCACCCGUUGGACCCGGUUGGGCUAUUGAGACAUUAGACAUCGAAGAAAAACCGUAUGAUCCUUUUGUUGACGUCGGGGUUAUGAGGAGAGAAAGUGGUGCUUUAAAAGUCCAUAGAGAAUUGAGCAAGUUAACAUGUAUUGGUGGGGUACAUAUACCGAUGCAAAGCAUAAAACGAACAGCUGCUCAUCGUUUGUUAACGCGAAUAAGAACAAUGAUCAAGAAUUUUCCGCCUGGUGAUUGUUCUUAUAUUGAUUGGCAGGACACGGUAACAGGACAACAUGCCGCAAGCAGACGAGCAGUAACUGCUUCUUUUGCUCCUCAACCGCCACGACCACGUUUACCAGAGCGUGUGGCACCAGCUAGAGCCCGUAUAGCCGGGGACGAUAGACUUGCUGAAAAAUAUGUACAGAUGAACCUUAAAGUUGCUGGGAGCCAUCCACGAUCAUUGAUCUGUAAAAUUUUACGUUGUUUGGAAGACCGAAAUGAUCUGGAUGCUAAGAAUUAUUUACUUGAAGCUUUAAAUAGCUCGACUAGAAAUAGGUUUCUUUUGUGGAUUUUAGGUGCUCAAGAAUUUGACAAAGGAGAAGAAGAAGCCAUAAUAGCAAGAAAUGCAUUUCAGAUUGCUGUCAAAGGUGAUAACUCAGAUGGGACUAUUAAUGCCAUAGCCUAUGCAGGCUUACAUGCCAUUUAUCAUGCCAUUGGCAAUAUGUAUGGUGCCCAUAUAUCAGCAAGGAAAAUGAGGAAAUGUUAUAAACUACCCAAUGAAUGGGCAAAAGUUUUAAAUCGCUGGAGUGAGACUAGCGGUGAAGAAGAAGUUUUUUGGACGCCUACGGUAAUUUCAACCGAAAAUCCCAUGUUGAUUGCGGCUGCUAUGUUUCUUUGUCUUCGAUGUUAUAAAUUAUGCGAGAGGAUUCUAGAAUGUGUUGAGAGGAACUGUGCCACACGCGGUAGUAAUAUAAGUCACCAUCCGCAAAGUGCUGAUGUCUAUUAUUUGAAAUCAGCAUUAUUUAUUUUAAGACGUCAGCUAGACCGCGCCAUGGAUGUUACUCAACAAGGCAUAAAGAAGUUUGGUCCUUCACCUUUAAUGUCUCAAAUGCGUUUGACUUGCCUAUCUUGCCUAAAUAAAUGGGAUUCGGAAUGCGAAAAAGCUUUUAAAGAAGCAGAAAAAGCAGGUUCGACGCCAUGCCCAUCUGUUUUGUAUAAAGCUGCUUUUAAUAGAUUUAAAAUAGACCCAAAAGAGUCUUUGCAAAGAGCCGCUCUCGUACAUAAGUUAGCUCCAUCAGGCCAUACAGCGUUGCUCCUUGGCAGAAUUUAUGCUAAAUUGGGCGAAGAUGACCUUGCUGAACGCUGGUGCGCGGUUGCAGUUAAACUUGAGCCUUUACUGGCAGAUGCUUGGGCAAUGUUAGCUCUAUUAGCUAUGUACCAGAUGGAAUUUGACAAAGCUCGAACCAUGUUGCGCACUGCAAAGCAAGCCGGUCCAAUUAGCUCAGAUAUUGAUAAGAAUUUGAAAAAAGUUACGGCAAUGGUUCAGUUAGAUCUUUUGCCUGAUUCACUUGUCAAAAAUUUGUGUAUGGAGAGCAAAUUUGACUAA